AUGGGCAAAGUGUUUGGGUUCCUGAGGACAACCUGCCAGUCAGUUCUGGCUUCAUCUCAGCCAUUCCCAGAAGAACCCAUUGAGGAGAAGCAAGAAGAUAAAAACAUGAAGAAGAUGAUGAAGCGGCAAGGAGACAGCCUUAGUGCCUGGGACAGCCCUCAUGGCCUGGUUGGUUUACAUAACCUUGGACAGACCUGCUGCCUUAACUCCCUGAUUCAGGUGUUCAAAAUGAACGUGGACUUCACCAAGAUACUGAAGAGGAUAACUGUGCCCAGGGAAGUUGAAGAGCAGAAGAGAAGUGUCCCCUUUCAGUUUCUCUUGCUGCUGGAGAAGAUGCAGGACACUCGGAGGAAAGCAGUGCGGCCCCUGGAGCUUGCCUCCUGCCUCCUGAAUUACAACGUGCCUUUGUUUGUCCAGCACGAUGCUGCUCAACUCUAUCUUACAGUCUGGAACCUGAUUAAGGACCAAAUCACUGAAGUGGACUUGGCAGAGAGACUACAAACUCUGUUUACAAUCCAGAUGAAGGAGUCCUUGAUUUGCCUUGACUGUUCCAUGGAGAGUAGUAGAAACAGUAAAAUGCUGACCCUCCCCCUUUCUCUUUUCGACAUAGACUCAAAGCCCCUGACUACACUGGAAGAUGCCCUGAACUGCUUCUUCCAGCCCAAGGAGUUGGCAGACAAAAGCAAGUACUUCUGUGAGAACUGUGAGAAGAAGACCUGUGGGAAACAGGUCUGGAAGCUGACCUAUUUGCCCCAGACCAUGACAUUUCACCUCAUGCGGUUCUCCAUCAGAAACUCGCGGAUAGAAAAGAUCUGCCACUCACUGUGUUUUCCCCAGAGCUUGGAUUUUAAUCAGGUCCUUUCCAGUGAGCAAGACUUCUGCAAUGCUGAGGACCAGCUGGAAAGACAGUAUGAGCUCUUUGCUGUGAUUGCCCACGUGGGAAUGGCUGAUUUUGGUCAUUACUGUGCCUAUAUCCGGAAUUCUAAGGAUGGCCAAUGGUUCUGCUUCAAUGACUCCAAUGUUUGUUCGGUGUCCUGGGAGGACAUCCAGUGUACGUAUGGGAAUCAUCGCUGUCGCUGGAGAGAAACUGCCUAUCUUCUGGUUUAUAUGAAGACGAAGCCCUAA